AUGGUGUGCCAAGCAGCGAGUCAAACAAGAUUUCGAGCACUAAAAUAUGAAAAUGGGAUUGCCGGAAGACCAACAAUUGUAGUUAGAAUAAUUGCAUGCUUUCAACCAAUGGAGGAUUGCCAGAUUGAUUCCAUAUAUGUGGUAUAUUGUCAAGCGGGAAAUUUUGGUUUUUGUUUUCAACUUUUGUUCAUCAAAGAAGCGUUAAAAGAAUUGAAAUACAAGAUUGAGCAUUGUCCAUCUUCUGGUGGUUGUUCUAGUUGGAUGGUUCAGACCAACAAUUCUUGGUUUUUCCCUCAGCAUUCUUCUAGGCAACUGCCCAAAUUAAGUUGCAUGAGCACAUCAUUACAGCCCAGGCAACCAGAAUGCUUGCCUGUAUGUAUAAAUCCCAGCACUCACUUUUUUUCUGGGAGUAUGUCAAUGCAAGGGUCUCUAGUUCCUGGUACAAAUCCUGGCAUUCAUAUGCUUCCUGCAAAUAUUGCAAUGCCAGGGUCUGCAGAUAUUUCUGUUUUAAAAACAGAACAAAAAUAUCAUUCUCUUGAGUUGCUUCGGCAGUUAUGCCCCUGUUUCCCCACUUCAUUACCCUCUCCAGGUACAUAUCUCAACGAACAGCAAUUCAUGAUUGCUAAGGGCCAGAGUGGUAGGGCUACAGCUAAGGUGGUCUCUGGCUCCUUGCAGAAAGGACUGUUAAUUUUUGAUCAGUCAGCAAGUCAGACAAGGUUAAUUUAUGGUUCUGUUCACCCUCCAUCUCAGUAUGCUACCACUGCCACUACCGAACUAGCUUCUUGUCCUGAUUUGCAUGAAGGCCGAGCAGUUAAAACAAAUCCUUUUACUCCGACACCACCAACUUUACAUGAGGAAUAUGAUGAGAACAAUUUGAGUGCUGAAGAGGGUGAGGUGCAUGAAGACACUGAAGAACUCAAUGCCUUGCUAUACUCUGAUGAAGAUGAUGAUGACCAUGAAGUAAUAAGUUCCGAUCACUCUCCUGUUGGAACUAAACGAAACUACCUGAAUCAAGACCAUGUUGAUGAUAUAAUGGAGGAAGUUGCUAGCUCUGAUGGUCCAAACAAAAGGCAAAAACUGCUUAAUGGUGGGCAUAAGCAAUCAAUAAUGGUGGAUGCUGCUUGUUCUGGGAAAUUGAAAGGCUCUCACGAGUAUGAUAGUGAUGCAGAAUCAAGCUACGGCAUUGGAAAGAAUCAAAGAGAUGACAUGGAUUCCAGGUUUCGUAGCAAGCAGUCAAAGAAGGAUAAGAUUCGCUUGACAUUAAAAAUUCUCGAGAGCAUAAUACCUGGUGCAAAAGGAAAGAACCCAUUGUUGGUCCUUGACGAGUCUAUAGAUUACUUGAAGUCUUUAAAGCUCGAAGCCAAAACUUUAGGAGUGAACCACUACUAAAGUUGCACUCCCUUCUUUGUAGUAAUUUGUUGGCUAAGUGGUGGGAAAGAAGGAUGAGAAAGAACUAAUUCUUACUUUGAAUGAUUGAUGAGUUUGAAAUCACUACACCGGCUUUUGCUCUGCGGGGUCCUCAGUUUGUCAUCUUUUACUUUGUCAAGGAGCUGUAUGCUGUAUAUAAUGGGCCAAUAAGGGUUAGUGAUGCCAGUAACGGGAUGCUAUUGGCUUUUUUGCUUGAAGGGGGUGAAGAAAAAGACGUGUUUUUGUUUGUUGACCAGAAAUGAUUAUCUUUUUAGCUUUUCGUUGGGAUUUAUUAGGGAAGAAAAAGUCACCAAGGCUUUGAACGCAUGGGGAGGCUGCUAGUGAUGGUCUGUGCUGUAAAACGAGGCCCCCCUUUUCUGGAUGUGUUGAUAGCCCCCAUGGAUUUAGUGCAUGCGCGUUAGGUGAACUUGGGUCCCAUUAUCUACCCUGUUUCUUUUUCUCCCUUUGAUUUUAUGGCUUGUCUUCUUUCGUUACCUCGAAAACACAUCAUGUCUUUUUAUUAAUCUCCCUAGAGCAUGAAGACGAGUUUCCAGGGGUUGGGAUGUACUCAUGUACAUUUAUGGAAGAGCAUCCUCUUGUUCUUUUUUUUUUUUGGGGGGG